GCAAAGCGAAGCUAUCCACCACCGUAUCCAAGCACACCAGAAGAAGCAGAGCGGAUACAGCUGCCGCGUUUGAGUGAGUGAACAAACUGCGGCGAUGUCGUCGGUGUCAUCUUCGCACCUGCGCCAGCCACCGCAGCCUCCACCCCCGUCAUCAUCAUCGAGAGGUGCUGGCGCGUCGUACAGGCGCAGGAGAGGGAAGGUCGCUGGCAAGUCUGCCGCAAAACAGAAACAACAACAGCAACAGCAACAACAACAACAACAACAACAGCAACAACAGCAGCAGCAGCAGGAGCAGGAGCAUGGCACAAUCAAGUUUCCAGAGAAGUUGAAGGGGCAAGCCGGCAUCAAUGCGGUGCUCAACCAGCAUAUGACACAUCUGCACGCAGAUCACGCCGUAUGUCCUCUCUCAGAACGCUUCAGAUCAUCAAGGAAACAGCGGGAGGUCGAGUUCUUGCAGGCGCUCAAGGCAUUGCGGAGCAAAGGCCCGGGUAUUGGCAGCGAUCAUCUCUCCCACGAUGACCGACGUCACAUCUUGGCAAACCGCCGUGCGCAGGAGCAGGAGUACCAGACGCUAUUGGAGACGAGCGAGGCUGCCGUGCAAGAAGCCAUGCAACGCUCCACGACACAGCUUGAUGCUCGGCCCGUUCGAGUCGUCCGCUUCCUCAACGAAGACGUUCACGAAGGGCUGCUUGACAAGCUGACGUUCAUACAAAAGCCGGCCGAGGAUCUGCUGCGGCGACUGCAGGCGCACGCGCGCUUUCAGCAGGCAGCACGACAGGUUGUUGUCCGCAUUCGCGCGGGAAAACGGCUCGCUCACUUCCAGCAAUAUGGCCGGCAGGAGGCGCAGCGCACGCUGGAGCGGCAGCGGCGCAUGCAGCGGCACAGGGCCCGCGCGCUGGCUGAAGCAUUUGUUGAUCCGCAAACGCUGGACGCUGAUGAACUGGGCCGUGACGAUGCGCUCGCACUCGAUGAUGACGACAGCGAGGAUGACGAUGACGACGGUACCGGCGAUAAUGACAGCCGUGCGCGUGCGCGUGGAGAUGAGGCCGACCAGUAUGCUGCACCCGCUGAACACGUGGGGCCAGCCAGUGAAAUGUAUGGCAGUGGUGAUCUGGCAGCAGGUGCCGGCCAGGGGAGGAGCCGACGCACGACAGCAGCAGCAACAGCAGCAACAGCAGCGGCGGCGGCAGCGUCACGUUCGUUAGAUGGGCCUGCAUCCCUCAGUGCCGGCAUUGCACCCAUUGUGUUUUCGACAGCGCCUGUGAGCGACUUUCCUCCGCGCAAGCGCGACUCUGCAAUCACGAUACACGGCCCACGCCAGCGGACAGCAGCUGGCGUUGGUGACGGCAGCGGGAUGGGGGUGAGCCCCUCUACCUCCUCCACAUCCACGUCAUCAUCAGCAACAGCAGCAACAGGGGCACCGGGAACAGCAGCAACAGCAGGCGGACCAGCAUCGGCUGCAGCAACCAAACCAACAGCAGGAGCAGCAGGAACAGGUGUGGCGGGCGUGACGGGCAGCAUCGCACCGGGCACAAUCACUGCUGCGGAGUCGCCGGCAUCGUGGUCGUCGCUUGCACUGGAGGUCCCGCUGGAGAGCGCGCGUCUUGGCUACGACGUGCAUCUGCGGCAUGCGCGGCUGGUGCGCGGGUGCCAGCCCGUGUGGGACGAGUCUGACGUGCAGCUGCACAUGCUGCUGCUCUCCGACAGCGACGAGGAGGAGGAGGAGGAGAACGGUGCCGAGGCUGAUGGCGAUGGUGAUGGGAAUGAUGAUAACGAAGAUGGCACCGUGGAAGCUGUUGGCAGCACGGGUGCACGCGGCGGCGGCGGUCGGCGAGGUGCUGCCGAUGAUGCGAAGGCGGCCGGCAGGGGAGCGCGCACGGGGGCGUCGGCGUCGUCGUCGUCGCCUCCGCCACUGAAGAAGAGCGCACGAUCAACGCCAGCACGCAACGCCAGCAGCAGCAGCAGCAGCGGCAGCAAGAGCACCAUCGGCGCCAGCAGCAGUAAAACCGAGUCUGCAGCAUCUGCAGCGAAUGGCCGCAAGGGCGGCGUUGGCGUUGGUGGCGUUGGUGGCGUUGGUGGCGGUGCCGUGCGCGGGAACCAGGCUGCGCCAAGCCCGCUGGCCCACGUGACUGGUGGUGACGGCGGUGGUGAUGGCGGUAGCGGUGAGCGGAAGGACAGCACGGGGAGCAGCGGCUCGCGGCGGCGGCUGAGGCGCAAGGUGACGCCGAUGGAAGGGCCGUCAGUGCGGUCCACACCAGUUGCGGCCGGGCGGGAGAAGGCCAGUGCACUCAUGUCGUCUGCCAUGCUGGAAGAGGAUGAAGAAGAAGAAGAAGAAGAGGAAGAGGAGGAAGAGAGUGGAGCAGAAGAUGUGCAGGGGAGAGGGGAGGCUGGUGCAGAAGGGAAGGGCGUGGCUGCGCAGGCGCCGGUCCCACCUCGCCCAGCGAAUGUGGUGCUGGCCGUGCACGACGAGGACGAGGACGCGGACGACGGCGACGACGCAGGCAAGGAAUCCACGGCCUGAGCUGUAUGCUGUGUUGUAUCGUGAUGUCAUCCCUGUUGUUGGGUGAGCGCGGGGUGGGGAAGGGGGUGAGGGAGGGAGCACAAGCGCAAGCAAGUAAGCGAGCGAGCGAGCGAACUAACGAGUGACAUGAUGUGAUGUGACAUGAAUGAAGGAAGUGCACUCAUGAUGACCACGCCACACACGCGCCAAUGGCAUGAUUUGAUGAACAACAAUAAACAAAGCAAAGCUCCAACACC